UUCAGCAUCUGUCUAAUCUAUUUUACAAGGUCAAAGCUGAGCACUCUGGUUUUGGCCACAGGCAAUAAUAGGUAGAAACUGGAAUAUUUCUUACAUUCAUUGUUUGUGUUGUGGUAAUAUGUGAAUUUUAAUGGGCAACCAAAAGCCAGUGUGCCAGACAGUGCUGUGCAAACAAAAUGUCAUCACUGUUAUAUUAAAACCAGAAUCAAUAUCAACACCUGGAUGCUAUGCACAGGGGUACAGAGUUUUCACUGUUGUGGGUGACUUGUCUAAGUUAGUGUGAGGGAAGAAGAAACAUGUGAAGUGAUGACACAGAAUUGUUCCUGAAAGCUUGGUAAUGAUCCAGGUUUGUGAGCCAGCAUAUUAUACAUGUGCACAGAGACAACAAAUAUGGGGUGAACAGUCCUAAUCCUCCUGGCAUUUCCUCAUAGGAGAGGUGCUCCAUCCCCCAAAUCGUCUGGUCCUCUGGACCCGCUCCAACUGGUGCGGUUGGCAAUAGCCGAGAAGGCGCUGAAGUGCGAGGAGCGCGAUGUGAACCUGCCGCUGAGCGAGCACAACGAGCCGUGGUUCAUGCGCUUGAGCUCCUCUGGAGAAGUGCCCGUCCUGAUCCAUGGAGAAAACAUAAUUUGUGAGGCAACGCAGAUUAUUGAUUACCUUGAAGCGACGUUUGUAGAUGAGGAAGUACCAAGAUUAAUGCCAGAAGAGGGGAGCAUGUAUUAUCCAAGGGUGCAACACUACAGGGAGCUCUUAGACUCCUUGCCUAUGGAUGCCUACACACAUGGCUGCAUCCUGCACCCCGAGUUAACCGUGGACUCCAUGAUUCCAGCCUAUGCUACCAGCAGGAUCCGUAGCCAAAUAAGUAACACAGAAUCAGAAUUGAAGAAACUUGCAGAAGAAAAUCCAGACCUUCAAGAUGCCUAUAUAGCAAAACAGAAGCGCCUUAAGUCUAAACUACUGGAUCAUGAUAAUAUAAAAUACCUAAAGAAAAUACUGGAUGAAUUGGAAAAAGUUUUGGAUCAGGUGGAGACUGAAUUGCAGCGGCGAAAUGAGGAAACACCAGAAGAUGGAAAUCAGCCUUGGCUCUGUGGUGAUUUCUUCAGUCUGGCAGAUGUGUCACUUGCUGUCACAUUACAUCGCCUGAAGUUUCUGGGAUUAGCAAGAAGAAACUGGGGAAAUGGAAAGCGGCCCAACUUGGAAGCUUAUUAUGAGCGUGUCGUGAAGAGAAAAGCAUUUUACAAAGUUUUAGGACACGUCAACAAUAUAUUAAUCUCGGCUGUCCUGCCAACAGCAUUCCGUGUGGCCAAGAAAAGGGCUCCCAGGGUUCUUGGCACCACCCUGCUGGUCAGCAUGCUGGCAGGGGUGGGUUAUCUUGCUUUCCUGUGUCUUCGGAAGAGAUUUGCCAACAUGGUGCUAUCGAUUAGAACCAGGCAAAAUUAUUUUUAGACCUUGUCUGUCCCUGGUGGUGAGUGGAGGGCAUCUCUGCCCCCCAGGAAAAUAUCUUCAAUAAAAUAUAAACAUAGAAGAAUGAUUAUGUCUGUGAAUUAGAACAUUGCUACAGAGUAAUCAUCUCCUGCUGCUGUUUAAUUGGGUUGGCAAUGCUGAGAUUUUUUUCAAAAAUAUGUGUUUUGGGGAUGACAAAGGAAAGAAGAGACGUACUUUUCAGCCAAGGGCCUAUAACUGUGACAGUGCUUCUUUAAAGUGGUUAUUGUCUCCUUUACCCAGUAGCUGACCUAAUUAAAAUGCUUUAAUUUAAUAGAUAUGCAGCAAUGUGACAGCUUUUCACUGUAGAUGAAAUGCAUUAUUGUGCAGAAACCAGCAUUGUUAAUACUGAAAAUAGCUCUUACUUUAAAUGCUCAGAGUAAGAUUAAUUAGAACAUUGUGCCUGUUGUGCACAGGAGCAAGUUUCUCUGUACUGAUUAUUGUCUGUUGAUUUGCAGUUGGACCUUUAGGAAUGUGUUAAAAAAUAAUCUUAUAAAGCCACUUUUGUCAGUGUAUGUUCAUGCAGCAGUACAGGAAAAGACCUGAAACAGGUAAGAACAUCAGUGAUUUGUGUACCACACAAGUGAAAUUCUCCAGAGGCAUCACUGGACAACAGAUACUACAAUUUUGCUGAAAUACAAAUGGAAGCAAAACACCUGACACUUGUCUUUUGAAAGCCUUUCUGGCUCAGCCUCAAACUCUGGCAGAAUCAAAUCCAACUAUCUUGGUGCAUAUUUGCUGCUUUCUUUGGGGUGGCUUGGUACAGUUGCCUCUGUGUGAGUGUCCCAUGUACCCUUUUGUGUUUCACUCUGAGCACUGGCUAUUUUUGCACACUUCUUGGCAACAUUAGCAAUUGCAUGUCUCUAUAAAAUGCUUGGCCACAACAUGCCACAGCCAACUAGAAAACAUAUGCAGAGCAAUGCCUUUUUGUAUAAGUAAUUAAAAAUAGUUCACUCUAUCAUUCUGGUUAGGUAGCCUAGAUUGAAGGUAAAGCUGUAAUUUAGCAGUCUGUUUACUUAUGGAUAGGGGUUGUGUUGAUGGUAAGUGAAAAAUACAGAUGGUUUGGACGUGAUUUAUACUGCUGAUUUUUUGCAAAACUGCCAACUUGUAGCAUGGAGGAAAGGUGCAGUAAAACAAUUUGAUUACUUACUACUACUCAGCAGAUGCUGUGAGUUUUAUUAGUUUUGAACUGAGCUCCCAUUUCAACAAGAAAUGUAUAUUUACCUGAAGGUAGACUUUGAAUCAUUUUGCAUCAAAAAAAGCAUAUGGGAAGGGCUGAAAAUUCUCAUGACAGUUUAAUAAGAUUUUUGUAUGCUUGAUGAAUGUUUGAAAGCCUCAGAGUUUUGUUUACAAGUUGUACAUAGAUGCAACAAACAAAACAUAGCUUUAAGUGUUUGCCGGUCAACAAUCAGUGCUAACAGGCCUAAGUACAUUUUAGGUCCAGUGCUGGUGGCUGUGGUCUCUCUGCACAAUUGCAUUUAGGUGUCAAGAAGAUCAUCUCAAGUUUGCUGGAGAGAACUGAGGCAGUUUCUGUCUGGGCAGUCUCACCAUGUAACACAUAUCAAUAUGAAUAAAAUUAUUGGAUACUCCUGCUUAUUAUUUAAUGUUGUGCUAGUUGUCUAGCAAAAGUAGACCUAAAUCUCAUUACUCCUUUUCAGUAAUAAGAAACAUCUUACCUAGGAAACAAUGCGUUUUUUUAUUUGUAAAAAAGACAUUUUUAUAUAAUUCUAUUUCAUGAUCCAGUGGUUCUCAAGAACUUGUUGAAUUAAAUGUGCUGUAUUUGGAAAAGCUUUAUUAUCUCUAGAGUGGGUUUAAUCCAACAAUACUAUUAAUGUACUGGCAGCUUUAACUGAGUUUGUUGUUUGUGUGUUACAGUUCAUCUGCAUUUACUUGCAGCUAUCAGAUUUCACUAAGUUAAUAAACACAGAGAAAGA